GAGCGCAAUUUCUCCGUUAACAUCAUGGGAAAAUCAUCAUCUAAAAAACGCUUUUAGAUGAACCUAAAGGCGAUCUCACUUGAUAAAAACAACUUCCUUAAGUGUAAAGGGACAAGGUUAAGGAUACGACUCCUAUGGAAUACCCAGUACAACUUUACACAUAGAGUUUGGUCGUUAUUCAACCGUGUUUUGGACAAAUCGUCAUCAAUAUCAAGUUGAGCUUUUCACAAAAGAAAAAUUCCUGCCAAUGCAAAAUGUGUGACUCAAAACCAAAGUCAAGUCUGUUGUGGAGAUUCGUGCCAUUUCUGUGUGUUUGGGCCAGUAUAACACAGAGAAGCAGCAGCUGCCCCAAAUCAUGUGCCUGUUAUGCUCCAACAGAGGUGCACUGCACAUUCAGAUACCUGAGUGAAAUACCCAGAGACAUUCAGCCAGCUGUUAAGAGAAUUAACCUGGGGUACAACAGUAUAACAGCUCUUAAAGUAAAUGACCUAUUGGGGCUGAAACAUCUGGAUCUAUUAAUGCUGCACAGUAAUGUCAUCAAGAUUAUUGAAGACAACUCAUUCUACAAGCUCACAUCCCUGCAGGUUCUGAAAAUGGGUUAUAACCACGUUGAGAAGCUUGACAAGAAUACAUUUAGAGGCCUGGACAAUCUUGUACGGCUCCAUAUGGACCAUAAUCACAUUACAUUCAUCCACCCAGAGAGUUUUUAUGAAUUAAAAAUGCUACAGUUGGUCAACCUUGAGGGAAAUAUGCUCCAGCAGCUUCAUCCGGACACUUUUAUAUCAUUGCGCUACAGCCAGAUCUACAAAUUAUCAACUCUCAAGACAAUUUACCUAUCAGACAAUUCUUUAACCACAUUGUCUGCAUCUGUUCUUGCUGGUUGUUACAAGAUAGAGAAUCUCUUUCUUAGUGGAAACCCCUGGUCAUGUGACUGUCGGAUGAGUUGGCUUGUCUACUGGAUAAAGAAAAACCCUGGUGUUCUGAAAUGCAAAAGAGACAGGACGAUUGUUAAAGAAGACCUGUGUCCUGUCUGUGAGAUCCCAGUUUCUUCAAGAGGCAGGAGUAUUGUGCAUUUACCUGAUGAUGGCUAUACAUGCAUGAGACCAUGGAUUCAUCCUUACCUGAAACAAAGAAAUGUUACCUUGGGUGAAGAUGACUAUAUUUCAGUCUCUCCCAAAGAUUUUGUUGCACCCAUUGGCAUGCUGGAAAUUAACGUCACUGAUCAGUUCCACAAUGUGGCCAGUAUAGCAUGUGUUGUACAGAGACCUGUGGGAAUGGACAACUUGACUGUCACAUAUGGAGUAAAUGGAAAAGAUGUACGUGCACUGAGUGCAACUGUCUCAACGUCAUUGGUCUGCAGCAUUGAUAAUGAUAAUUUAAACCAGAUUUGGAACAUCUUUGCUAUCUAUAGCGAGUCACCUAUGAAACUUGAACGAGGAUUAUCACUUUCUUUGCAAUCAGAUACAGUUUACACAUACAAGCAAACAGCGCCCACUGCAGAUGAUGUUUUUACAGAAAUUGAGGCAAAAAUCAAAGCUAAUCCUGCAUGGUUAAUGCAAGGUAUGAUAAGCUUACAGCUUGACCGCAUGACAACAACUUUCCAGUCCCUUAAUAUUAAGUAUUUCUCUAAUGUUCAAAUAGAUGUUAAAAGCAGCAAGAAUAGUAGAGAUCAAUAUGGCUGGACAAUGAUCAGAAGGGACAAUCAGACCAAGACAGAACACUCUGUCCUUGCUGGUAGACUGGUUGAACUAAACUGCCAAAUCUUUGGGGAUCCAAAACCAACCACAGAGUGGAGUCUACCAGAUGGAAGUAAGAUACAUGCACCAUACCACAGUGAGGAUCAAAGGAUUGUGGCAACUAAUACAGGAAGACUUACUUUAAGAUCAGUGGAAAGCUCAGACACCGGUGUCUAUCACUGCAUUGCCACAAACUUCCUGGAUGCAGAUAUCCUUGCCUUCAGGGUCACUGUAUUGUCUCCACAUAGUAAAGAAGAAGAGGUUAAUGGAGUUCAAAUCUCACAAACUGUUGGUCAGAAUGUAUUUCUUGAUUGCACCUCAUCCAGCAGUCCACAGGCUUCGGUUCAGUGGAUACUUCCUGAUCAGACAGUUUUAGAAAAAUCUUUUGGAAACAGAAAGCUGCACAGAAAUGGUAGUUUGGAAAUACGUGGACUGACGUUGCAAGAUGCGGGGUUUUACAGAUGCUUAGCUGCUAAUUAUCUAGGAGCAGAUUUGAUUGCCUCUCAAGUAAUGGUUUUUGAUGAUUUGUCAACAAGCACAAAGCAGAGUGAGAUACAAACUGUAGUACAUACUGUAGGUGAUAGCCAGAAACAUAGCAGCAGAUAUCAUCCUCACAUUGUUAGUGAGGAUUCAAUGAGUAUUAUCUCAGACAGACCAUACACCCGAUUUCAUAAGGCUCCCACUUUCAGAAGAGGCAACAGAAGAACUCGAGUUAUGGCAAGACGGGUCUUUAAUAAAGGCACCAAAACAGCAGAUACUCAAAGUUUUGCCACUUUUAUCAAGAAUUCUGAAAAUAAAAGAGGAAAUGAGGAUGAGACACUUACAGAUGUGCCAGAAGAUAGUGACAUGAUCUCUGGGGAUGGUGUCUCUGAUGAAUUUGCUGUCACGACUACCCAAACACUUGGACAUAAGACAGUUAGUAACAUUAAUACCACUGGUUUUACAUUUCUAAAUACCAAUGACAUAACUGUCAACAGUUUCAUGAAAGAAGAAGCAAACAAUGUUAAUGGUAUCUUAAAAACAAAAGAAAAGUUAUUUACAGCCACAUCAUACCCGUACUCUCAUUCUCAGACCACACCAAUAGUGAGCAGUUACACUCCCAUGUAUGAUGGAGCUCCAAAGAAAGAUUAUGUGUUAAACCACAGCAAUGGUAGCCCAUACAUACAUGAGAGAGAAAUAAACAGACACUCGGGGGAGCCUCUUACUGUACAUACUGUAACAGAAGAUACAGAUAAAACUGAGCUUCUGCUCUCUGGAGACUCAGAAGAGGUUGCAGCUGGGGCAACACCAUCAUACAACUUUCAGAUCCCAAAUGUAACCCACCUGCAAUCUGAAAGUCAGACUAUAUUUACAGCUGUCACCACAACUGAUAGAGAGCAGGACAAGAUCACAUUUCACACCACUCAAAGAAUCACGUCUCGUCAUCUCCUUCCUGGGUCUACAAUCAUCUCAAAACACCAAAUCCAAAUCGUUCCUCCUAAAAAAUCCCAGCCAGGAAACAGACGUAACUUUCCUGGCAAACGUAGGAUCAUUCGUCCCAGCAAAAUUUCAGACAUUCAGUCUUUACUAGAUAAAUUUAAACAUCUGUCUGUAAACAAAGGGGACAAUCUCACUUUACCAGACACUGUGGAACAAAUCUCAGAUUGUGAUGAAGAAGGGAGAUUUAAAGCUGGAGUGUCUGCAGAAAAAUGCAAAACUACAGUGGAUCAAAGCUUGGUCAGUCCUACCACUAGUUAUCACAUACCAUUAGAAAAACGUGUCUUAACAAUACCAGGUACACAUAGGUCAACCUCGCCAAAGACCAAUGCUGUAAUUGAAUCACAGAAGUCAGCAACUAAUCUUCACCCCAUACUUAAAGAGCCACAAUAUUAUAAAAAUGAUGUUUAUGUAGAGGAGAUCGAACUAACCAAAGACGCUAAUGUUCUUCUAUCAAUGCCAAUCACAACUACAAAGUUUCCUAAAAUCACACAAGAGAAUGUCAAAGAAUUGUCGACUGUACAAGAGCACAUGACAGCAUCCGCAGCAAAACCUGACAGGGUGUCAGAUGCAGUAUCUUCUGAAGAUUUGCAGCUUCCACAUAUAAUUGGUUCCCCACCAAUGACAAAAGCAAAAAACAUUCUGGAAACAUCAACUGAUGACGCAUCGGGCUCGUCUUCCUAUCUUGAACCAGAUACAUCUUAUAAAGUCAUACCUCUUUCAGCUACAAGGUUUCCUGCUCUGCAUGAGCUCUCCAUACCAACAGAAUCUACACCAGCUUCAAACACUUUGGCAGCCCCGCCAACAAUGAAAACUGAUGUAAAGCAAUUUUUUUAUCGGGAUAGGCUCUCAGGUUCUCACACAAGAUUGUGGGGAAAUCAGAAGCCUGGCUUCAAAGGGAGAGGGCAGGUCAAAACCCUAACAACACCUCAAGCCUCGAUUACUGAAGUCACUGACAAAUCUUCAACAAAAUCCACAAUUAUAGCAUCACACAGUCAGAACAGACGUGUGGGAGUAGGACCUCUGCCUACACCCUUUAAAGUAGGAGAGACUCUGCCAGCUAUUAAUGCUGACUCUGAGGCUUGGAGAAACUCGAUUAUGUAUUUUACUAACCUACCAGAAUUCACCACUUUGACAACUGAAGCUGCAUCAACUUACAGAAGACAUACAGUGAUUGGAUUACAUACUACACCACAAUCGCAAAUCCAGAGGAACACCAAUGCAAUCCCAGUGAACAUUAAUAUGAGGCUUAAAGCAGAAAGGGGUUUGAGAUUCACAACAAAGAGACCCCAUAUGAGUGUUCAGCCAACCGUAUAUGAUCAAACAUACAAGGACUGUUUUGAGUGUCAUACCUCAUCUGGUGUACCUCUGGGAAAAUCAAACGAGAGAAGAAUAAAUUCAGUCACAAUGUUUGAUCAAACUGCAAAACAAUUCUACACCCUCACCCCUUCUUCACACAAUAUUGAUACAGGCAAUUCAAAUGCCUAUGACCUCUCUUCCAGGUAUGACUCAUCUAAUACUAUAUAUAGGUCAUCUGUUGAGGAUAUUAUUAAAAAGCCAAGGAUUAUUGGUGGCAAAGCUGCCAGUUUUACUGUUCUUUCAAACUCUGAUGCCUUCCUUCCCUGCAAUGCGACUGGCAAUCCUGAACCCACCAUCAGCUGGAGACGAUUUUCAUCUACCACAGGUAAGAUGUUGACAAUCAGGAGCAAAAUGGGUAAAUUUGAAGUCUUGAAGAAUGGAACAUUGUCCAUCCAAAGAACAAACAUUAAAGACCAUGGACAGUACAUAUGUUUGGCUGAGAAUGAGCAUGGCUCUGACAAGCUUGUGGUUACAUUGUCAGUUCUGGAAUAUCCCACCCGUAUACUGGAACCAAAGGUGAGGGAAGUUAAGGUUCUCGCUGGGAAAACUGUGGAAGUGGAAUGCAAGACAGAGGGCAGACCAGUGCCAAUUGUGUCAUGGAUUCUACCAAACCACACGGAAGUUAAGAGUCCAAACACUAUGUAUGGAAGAGUAGCAGUGAGCUCAAAGGGCACACUAACUAUCCAAAAUGUGUCAACUUUCGAUUGUGGAAAUUACAACUGUUUUGCAAGUAAUAUGGGCAGUACUGACACCGUCACUGUUCGUCUGCAAGUGGUGGCAGCACCCCCGCUAAUACUGGAAGAGAAACGACAGCUGGUAAAAGCUGAUGUUGGGCAGAAUCUCUUUUUGCCCUGUUCCAGUCAUGGUGACCCCCAGCCUAAUACACAUUGGGUUCUACAUGAUGGCACAAUCAUAAGGCCUCUUACAUCCUCACACCCCAAGAUAUCUGUUUUUAUAAACGGUACACUUCACCUGAGGAAUGUAGCAAUAACUGAAAGUGGAAAUUAUGAGUGUGUUGCAACCAGCAGCACAAUAUCAGAGCGGCGUGUGGUCACGCUGUCUGUGAAGAGGACAGAAACUGCACCUCAGAUCAUUCAAACAUCAUCACUAAAAACUGAACUGAUAUAUGGUGGUCAUCUUCAAUUGAACUGCUCUGCAAUUGGGAACCCAAAACCCCAUAUCAUUUGGAGGCUCCCUUCCAAGGCUCUUGUGGACCACUCAGACAGAAUGGGAAGCCGCAUAAAGGUCCUGGAGAACGGCACUCUCGUCGUCGAAUCAGUUAAUGAGAAGGACUCCGGAGACUUCAUCUGCUUUGCACGCAGCAAAGCGGGGGAUGAUGUAAAGCUCAUGGGGGUUUCUGUGUCUAUGAAGCCAGCUCGGAUUGAACCAAACAUCUUUGGUAAGAAACAAGUGCCUUACGGCCAUGACCUAAAACUGGACUGCGUGGCAGCUGGUGUCCCCAUCCCAGAGAUAUCUUGGGGGCUGCCCGAUGGUACCUUGGUUAAUAGUGCCGUGCAAUCGGAUGGAGCUGGAGAAUUUCGGUCCAAGCGGUACACCGUGUUUAAUAAUGGUACACUGUACUUCAAUAAAGUAGAAAUUGGUGAGGAGGGCAAUUAUACCUGUUAUGCAGAAAACAAACUUGGUAAGGACAAAAUGCAUGUUCACAUUAAUGUGUUAACUGCAGUCCCUCGCAUUCAACCCCCAAACCGUACCUAUGCCAAGGUGAGGCCAGGUGGAAACAUCCGCUUUGACUGUAAGGCUACAGGGGAGCCCAAGCCAAAGGUCCUGUGGAUGCUGCCAUCCAAAGAUAUAAUUGCUGCAUCUAACGAGCGUUGCUUAGUGCACGCCAAUGGGUCUCUUGAUAUACGCAAUGUUAAACUGGCCGACGCUGGAGAGUAUGUCUGCACGGCUCGUAACGCAGCAGGUGAGGAAAAUCAAGUAUAUAAGCUGGACAUUGAUGGAAAUCCACCCAUCAUCAAUGGCUUCAAACAGAAUAGAACUGUGGUGAAAGAAAUAGCAGUCAAGCACUCUAGAAAACUAAUAGACUGCAAGGUUGAGGGAUAUCCUCCCCCAAAGAUCACAUGGAUCAUGCCGGACAAUAUAUUUCUCACAGCACCAUACUACGGAAGCCGGAUUAAUGUUCACAGCAAUGGUACACUAGAGAUUCGUAACGUUCGGCCAUCAGAUAGAGCAGAGUUCAUCUGUAUGGCACAGAAUGAUGGAGGUGAGGCAGUCAUGUUCCUUCAACUGGAGGUCACAGGUAUGCUUGUGAGACCCAUUUUUAAAAAUCCUUUUAAUGAGCGAUUGGUGACUCGGGUGGGAAGAACCGCCGUGCUGAACUGUUCUGCUGAUGGGCUACCCGCGCCAGAAAUCACAUGGAUACUACCCAAUAAAACUAGGCUCGGUGGAGAACGUGAUAGCGGCUCAAGAUAUCACCUGGGUAAGGACGGCACUCUCACCAUUCACUACUCCAGGAGAGAAGAUGCAGGGAAAUAUCGUUGCUCUGCCAAAAACCAGGUGGGCUACAUAGAGAAGCUGAUCGUGUUUGAGGUGUUUCAAAAGCCUUACAUUCUAACACGCCCUAGAGGGAUGAUUCGCUGUUUUUCUGGAGAGCAUCUCUACCUGCAUUGCCUGACAGAUGGACGUAAAGCCAGCAUUUCCUGGAUCAUGCCAGGUGGUUACGCUCUUUCCCGUCCGCAGGUGAGCGGACGCUACCAUUUAAUGGAAAAUGGAACACUUGUUAUACGAGGGACAACCGUUAAUGAUGGCGGCAACUAUGUGUGCCAAGCGAAGAAUGAAGCUGGUGUGGCACUUCUGACCGUGCCUGUUAUAAUCAUGGCAUUUGCACCCCGGAUCAUUACCGGACCUCCACCAGCUGUGAGAGGACUGACUGGAGUUCCUGUUUACCUUCCAUGUGUUGCCAAUGGAGUUCCAAAGCCAGAUAUCAUCUGGGAGCUGCCAGAUCACUCGGUUCUUACCACCACGGGAAAUGGACCGCCUGUAAGCAGUCAUCUGCUUCAUCCACAUGGGACACUUGUCAUUCAAAAUCCCACAAGAGCAGAUUCUGGAAAUUACAAGUGUUCUGCUGUAAACAUUCUAGGCAGAGAUACCAAAAUUACAGACAUGACAGUUAUAUAAGUAGAGUUCAUGGGGCGAUGACAGGAUGUUCUUCUGGAAGGUCUCCCUGAUAACACACAACAUCUGGCAGAUGUCUAUUUGAUGUCUGCAUUUACAUCUGGAAGACAUCUGCAAAACAUAGUUUGCUGAUCUGCAAUACGUCCCGGAGACGUCUGCUGUCAUAUGUCAUAUAGACAUCUGUAAGAUGUUUAUGAUUUCGAAUGGAUGUAAAACUGCUCUUUCGAAGAUGUAUUUUUACAUCGCAGAUAUUUUCCAGCUCUUUAGCAGACAUCUUACAGACGUACAUGUGCUAGCUUGGUUUAAUAGAGUGAGGCUAUUUUGAUCUGUCAAGUACAGAAGUCUGGAUAAUAAUACUGUCCGAGAGGAAAACGAAAUCCAUUGAGGACUUGAGUCUUUGAAAUGACUUUUAAUGUCUUCAGUUUUUCCAACAAGUUUAUUUUCACAUUGAACUACUGUAUUAAAAAUGUAUAUAUUUGAAUAUUGCAUAAACAGCAUCAUAGCGAAUCAGCAUUCAACGUUUCACAUGCUCUGUGCUCCUAUGUAAUGAGUGAAUAUUUUUGAAUUUUUCUCAAAUUAGAAAAGAGUAGAAGAAACUGUCCAGUUUCAACUGAACAAUGUUUCAUGUAAUAUAUUUAUAAUAUAUAUACUGACAAAUGAAUUCAUAAUUGUUAAUUUACACAAAUUUACUGAUAAUUAAGGUGAGUUGUGUUGUUCUGUUUAUUUUAUUUGUGUAAAGAUUCUGCAAUGUAAACCGUGAUUUAAAGCAAAAAAAACAAUAUACUGAUUUGAUUUGUGUGUUUCGCUCAAGCUACUGUCCCACACAUGUCUCUGAAUAAAUGCAUAUGACAUGGAUACUUUGAACUGCUUUCGUAUUGAGGAUUUUAAAUGCAGUUAUUUUUCUCAGCCAUGAUAGUCAACUAAAAAUAAUGCAUUUUUUGGAUUAGUAGGUUUAUUAAGCUUUUUGUGUGCUCUCCACAAUAUUGUGGAUUCGGUAUCAUUUCAAGUGUAAAACACACAUUGUUUCCAUUUUAUGUGGAUUUCACACAGACGUAAUUACUUUUAUGCUGUUCAUGCUGUAUAUUCUAUCCCAUAACCUCAAC